ACACCUGCCUCGUCUCUCUGCGCCGGGGGUCCCACCCCGAGGCAAGCGACGCGAGGUGUGCCUAGUGCCAACCCGCGCAGCAACGGCAGCCACAAUCGGAGCCCAGCACGGCAGCCACUCAGACCGCGCCCCCGGCUUGGCUUUAUCAGCGCGGCCCGAGAUUCAAGCGAGGAUAUUGUGGCGACGACGCCGGAUUCCCAUCGGCGGCAUGGCGGCCAUCGUGGCGGCCCGGGCGUCUGGGGCGGCGGCGGCGGCGGCCGUGAGCACCAUCGCCUCGUUCAACAGCCACCACUGCGCGCCGGCCUCCCCCUCCCGCGCGCUCCCGCCGCUGGCCGUGGCCGGCGCCUCCUCCAUCGGCGCCAGGCGCUACCACCACGGCGCGUGCUGCUUCGCCGCGAAGCCCACGCAGGUGUCCGCCGAGUUGGUGGACCAGGACGGGCCCGAGCCUGCGGCGGCCAGCGCAGCUUCCGCGCAGGAGGCCAAGCCGCGGAGGAAACGCCGCUCCAGGAAGGCCAAGAAGUCGUCGUUGGCCCAGUCCACCACCGCCGAGCUCGAAGAGGAGGAGGAUAAAAAGGACAGGCCGGCGGCGGAGGAGGAGGAGGCGAAGAAGAAGGAGGAGGCCGGCGCCGAGGAGAACAGCCGGGCAUUAGUGGCUGGCCUCGACGAGGUGAUUGUGAACCCGGUUGGGCUGGGGCGGCGGUCGCGGCAGGUGUUCGACGAGGUGUGGCGCAAGUUCUCGCGGCUCGGGCAGAUGUCCAGCGCCUCGUCCACGGCGUUGGCGGAGGAGGAGCAGGCCGUGCUCAUCCGCGGCGGGCCCAUGUGCGAGUUCACCGUGCCCGGGGCGCAGGACACCACCGUCCUCGUCGUCGGCGCCACCAGCCGAAUCGGACGCAUUGUCGUGCGCAAGCUCAUGCUCCGAGGCUACAAUGUCAAGGCAUUAGUUAGAAGAAAUGAUCCUGAAGUGAUAGAUAUGCUUCCAAGGUCGGUGGAUAUUGUUGUUGGUGAUGUUGGUGAUCCUUUAACUGUCAAAGCAGCUGUAUCAGGUUGCAGCAAGAUAAUCUAUUGUGCAACUGCACGCUCAACUAUUACGGGAGACUUAAAUAGGGUUGAUAACCAAGGAGUAAGGAAUGCUAGCAAGGCUUUCCAGGAUUACUACAAUGAGUUGGCACAGCUCAGGGCCGGUAAAAGCAGCAAGAGCAAACUCCUGAUUGCGAAAUUUAAAUCUGCCAAGUCCCUGAAUGGUUGGGAGGUGCGCCAGGGAUCCUACUUUCCAAAUACCUUUGCUUCUAGGUUCGAUGAAGGCAUUGAUGCAUCGUUUGAAUUUUCAGAAGAUCGGAAGGCCAUUUUUUCAGGAUUUGUUUUCACAAGAGGUGGAUAUGUUGAAAUAUCGAAAAGGCUAUCUCUUCCUCUUGGUUCCACCCUAGACAGGUAUGAUGGUUUACUUCUUUCGGUGGGUGGAAAUGGAAGAUCAUAUGUUGUUAUUCUUGAGACUGGUCCACUGGCUGACACAUCGCAGAGCAAGAAGUAUUUUGCUCGGAUGACUACAAAAGUAGGGUUUUGUAGGGUACGAGUGCCAUUUUCAGCUUUUCGGCCCGCAAACCCACAAGAUCCUCCCCUAGACCCUUUUCUUGUGCAUACACUAACCAUUAGGUUUGAACCAAAAAGGCAGAGGCCUGGUGAUGGAUCUCAAAAUGCUAGUGACCCCCGAAACUUUGAGCUAAUAUUGGAAUACAUCAAAGCUCUACCUGCUGGUCAAGAAACAGACUUCAUACUGGUCUCAUGUGCAGGUUCUGGAAUUGAAUCUAACAGAAGAGAACAAGUUCUCAAAGCGAAGAAGGCUGGAGAGGAUGCGCUACGAAGGUCAGGCCUUGGAUAUACAAUUGUACGCCCCGGCCCACUGCAGGAAGAACCUGGUGGUCAGCGUGCAUUGAUCUUUGACCAAGGGAAUAGAAUCUCUCAGGGUAUCAGCUGUGCUGAUGUAGCAGAUAUUUGUGUCAAAGCAUUGCAUGAUUCCACUGCGAGGAACAAAAGUUUUGAUGUGUGCUACGAGUACGUUGCUGACCAAGGGACCGAGCUGUAUGAACUUGUGGCUCAUCUGCCAGACAAGGCUAACAACUAUCUUGCACCGGCAUUGUCUGUUCUAGAGAAGAAUACCUGAUUGAUGUGCCUCGGGGACUCAGAUUUGUGUGAUAUACGGGUCAUAUAUAUUUUCUCCUCUUGUAAAGCCAUACGUUUUUCGUAUAUAAGCCUUGUGGAAUUCACAUGGUAUGCCAUUUUGGCCCCUUUUUGUAAAGAUCAUCGACAGAUUGAUUUCAGGAAACAAAUUUGAUGAGUUGCUGUAACGAUAA